AUGGACAUUUCGGAGCUGCACAAGCUGGCGUUCCUGAGGGUGAAGCAGAUGGAGCCGCAGAACGCCGGCAAGAUCCUCGGCUGCAUCCUCCUCCGGGAGCCCGACGACGACGAGAUGGUGCAGCUCGCCUACGGCAACGACGCCGCGGUGCACGCCAAGAUCAGCGACGCCAAGGCCACGCUCGCCGCCAUCUACGCGCGCUGCUCCGCGCACCACCACCACCACCACCACCACCAGAUGGGCGCCGCUGCCGCGCACAGGGCCUCCGCCGCCGCCGGGUACCACCCGGCCGGCGCGCGCCACCACUUCGCCCCGGCGGCCACAGCCGCCGCCUUCGGCUUCCACUACUGGCCGGAGCACGCGGCGCCAGUGCCCAAGGCGCAGCAGGCGGAGGACUUCUCGCUCGUGGACGCCGCGGCCGCGGCUGCCGAGGGCCACUACGCAUUGAUGCCGCAGCAGCAGCAGAACCACAACGGCCUCGUCGACGACCACCAGCACAACUACGCAGCCGCCGCCGGAGGGUACUACUACGCCGCCGCCGAGGACGCGUUCCACAAUGGCGGCGCCGGCGCCGGCGCCGGCGGGGGCCUGCCGCCGAGGGCCGCGGCCAGGCGCGCGAACGGCCUGUCGACGCGGCGCCCCUGUCACUACUUCACCAAGGGCAAGUGCAAGAACGGCCAGAACUGCCACUACUCGCACCACCACCACCACCAGGUCUACUCCGCCACUGACGGGUUCGCCGACGACGGCCACCAAAGCGGUGGCGGCGGCACCACACCCGGCGCGCUGGAGAAGCUGGAGCUGGAGAUCAUCGAGCUGCUCAACUCGCGGCACGGCCAGCCGCUGUCCAUCGCGUCCCUGCCCACGCUCUACGGCGAGAGGUACGGCAAGGGCCUCCAGGCCGAGGGCUACCUCACCGAGAGCCAGCGCCAUGGAAAGGCCGGCUUCAGCCUCACCAGGCUGCUCUCCCGACUCAGCAAGAUCAGUAUCAUCGAAAGGCCGCACGGGCAGCACUCGGUGGUUCUGGCGGAGGACGCCGCCAGGUACACGGAGUUCAGGGGCGAAAGAGGAGGUGGAGGAGGAGGGGACAUGGGCUCCGUCCCAGCCAGCUCGCACCAGAUAUACCUCACCUUCCCCGCCGAGAGCACCUUCAUCGAGGAAGACGUCGCCACUUACUUUGAGCAGUAUGGUCCGGUGCGUGACGUGAGGAUCCCAUGCCAGGAGAGGCGUAUGUUUGGUUUUGUGAGCUUCCAGAACCCGGAGACGGUGAGCACCAUUCUCAUGAGGCGCAACCCACAUUUCAUCUGUGGAUCAAGGGUCCUUGUUAAACCCUACAGAGAGAAAUCCAAGUGCAUCGAACGAAGUUCCAGCUAUCCCAGGACGUGCGUGGACAAGAUGAAGCCGAUGCAGUACUACCCUACCCGCUUUGUCGAGAUUGAUGAUCAUCCAAACUUUUAUCCAGAUGAAUACGAGCCUUCAAGCAGGAUGGUGAGAAAGCAACUAGCAGAGAAGUGGGAGAGGAUGAUCGAGCUCGAGAGGAAGCGCUUCACGGGUGCAGUCAGGCUCGACUCGUUGCCGCAGCAAUAUGCCUACUUCGAUUGCAGCAUUGGGGACGAUGGUGUGAAUCCCCUCAAUUGCCUCCCGGCAUCAGAUUCCAAAGACGAUGUCGACCAGCUGAUGGACCAUCCCCUCAUGACGCCAGAUUCCUUGGAAAUGGUCUCCACGAGCCAAGCUCCCCAAACACAGUCAAGCAACAACUACGAUGACAAAGAGAGCAAUCAGAUCGAACUCCUCCCAGAAAGUCCAUUCGCAACAGCCGUGCUGGGUGGAAACAACAUAUCCACAAUCAUGUAA